AUGAGCUCAGGCGACCGCAGAGUGAAGGAUUACAAGGAUCGGUGUGAAGACCCUCAGAUCCAGGAGACCCUCGGAUCCAGAAGACCCUCAGAUCCAGAAGACCCUCAGAUCCAGAAGACCCUCGGAUCCAGAAGACCCUCAGAUCCAGAAGACCCUCAGAUCCAGAAGACCCUCAGAUCCAGAAGACCCUCGGAUCCAGAAGACCCUCAGAUCCAGAAGUCCCUCAGAUCCAGAAGACCCUCGGAUCCAGAAGACCCUCAGAUCCAGAAGACCCUCGGAUCCAGAAGACCCUCGGAUCCAGAAGACCCUCAGAUCCAGAAGUCCCUCAGAUCCAGAAGACCACCGUCUGUGAGCGUUUGGAGAAUCACACACUGCUUCUGA